ACAGAGCCAUCUUUCGGACCGUGUCUCGUCAUCGCAGUCGGAAUAACAGAUCCUACCAGGCCGUGCUCAGAACGCUAAGGCACGCACGCACUAUCGCGGAAGCGCUGCCAAUCCCCCACACGCGUUGUCACAGUCAUCCUUCCCCGUUCAGGCUGUUGUGAAGCGAAUCGCUGCCCAGCCAGACACACCUUCAGUACCCUUGGCGCGGCUGUAUCAUAACGUCCAAGAUCGAGAAUCCACCACGCCCUGUACGCAGCUCUGACGUGGUUUGCCAACAGAGCAAUUAGAGACAGCCCUUCCAUCCUAAAUCCAGUAUCUCUGCACGUUCUCCCGACAGCUAAAAAUCAUGUCGUCGACCUCCCCCUCGAAGGAACCGGAGGUGGAACCGGAAGUUCAGUCGGGUGAAGACCAGGAACAAAUGGACAAAGACCAACAAGACUCCCAGGCGCAAGGUCAGGGAGAGUUCGAAGUAAAGGAGCAGGACAGAUGGCUACCAAUUGCAAAUGUGGCUCGCAUCAUGAAACUAGCUCUACCUGAGAAUGCGAAGAUCGCGAAGGAGGCCAAGGAGUGUAUGCAGGAAUGUGUGAGCGAAUUCAUCUCGUUCAUCACCAGUGAAGCUUCCGACAAAUGUCAGCAGGAAAAGCGUAAAACAGUCAACGGAGAGGAUAUCCUUUUCGCCAUGACCUCACUCGGUUUCGAAAACUACGCAGAGGCACUGAAGAUCUACUUAUCAAAAUACCGCGAGACCCAAUCCGCGAGAGGAGAGCAUCAGAACCGUCCGACAAGCAGUGGGUACAACGCCGGCGGCCCCGUUGGAGGCCCUCCCGGCGCCGGUCCAUCCGGACGGCCAGUUGCACCGACGGGUCCGGGGGGCUUCCCUGAUACCACGGAUGCUGCCAAUAACAUCAUCAACCCAAGCUUGGACCCCUCUGAGCAGGAUGCUUCCGCCUACGGCUACCCUCCCAUGGUCGGCCAAGCCCACAACGGCACUGGCGGUGAUUCUUACUAGAGUAAGCGUCUGUGUGCAGGAGAACCAUUCCAACUGACGCAGUGCAAUCAUAAUUGGUUCCAAGGCCAUCAACCAUAUCCCCACGGAUGAUCUACACACUGUGUCCCAAAAUGCACAAAGGAAUCCAAGACUGGUUUCACCGUGUAUCCAGCCCCUGAGGGCUCACAGUAACAUACACGGUUCCUUACUACAAACGUUUCAAAUUACACUUCCGGUCCUUACUCCCUUGACAACAUAACGUCUCCCCAGGUGGUGCGGCACGAGCAUUAUGGGGAUUUGUUUACUCACGGAACUUGUGACGGACGGAAAGUGGGUGAGAUUUUAACUUAAGCAAUCCGACAGAUUCAGAUCUCAGUUCACGGGUGGCGCGCUUAUCUUGGCUUUUCACCGGUUGUUUCUUCUGUUACAUGAGCUGCGGCUUCUCACUUCCCUGAUUUCUCUGGGCACAUCAACUGCCUUUUAUUGUAUUACCCG